CGAGUCCACCCCUAGGUAGGAUGCCUCAUGCCAUAGAAAUGUACUCUGCCUUUUCUUUCUUCGGUCACCCAUUUCGAGAUUUCCCAUCUUCCACCGCAAGUACUGUUGCAGUAGGUUUCAUCAUCAGCGCCUAAAACCAAUAAAAAUCCGAACCCACCUUGCGAUAUCCAGUUUAUCAUUUUUCAUUUUCAUUACAAGGAAAAUAACACUUUUUCUCUCUAUCUGGAACUGCUAACGAGCAAUUAAUGAUGGAUUCCCAAGACUCCCACCAUCCACAGGCUCAAUUCCACCACGCGCAACCACCGCAAUCCGGCCACACCAUGAUGGCCGCACUACCGCACCAGUCGAACUCUUAUGGCAUGCCCAACAAUGCCAUGAUGCAACAACAGCAAUCUAUUCAGCAGCAGCAAAGCCCUCGUUUUCCUUUCAAUUCCAUGAUGGGUUCGGGUUCGGUUCAGCCGCCCACCGCCGUGGACUACGCCGACGGAUCUUCCCAGAGGACUACUGGGUUCGGCAUUGAGCCCACCACCAAGAAGAAGAGAGGACGCCCCAGAAAGUACUCUCCUGACGGCGGUAUUGCUCUGGCCCUUUCUCCCGCGCCCGUCUCUCCGAUUUCCUCGAUGGCAGGCCAUGGAGAUUCUGGCGUUGGGACAGGGACUAGUAGCGCUGCCCCGAAUAACUCCUCGGAGAAUCAGCUGAAGAAGGCCCGGGGGAGGCCUCCGGGCUCCAGGAAGAGGCAAUUGGACGCCGUUGGGUCGACUGGAAUUGGUUUCACUCCCCAUGUAAUCACUGUGCAAGCUGGAGAGGAUGUUGCUAAAAAGAUUACAACUUUCUCACAGCUUGGACCAAGAACGGUUUGCAUUCUGUCAGCAAGUGGUUCUAUAUGCAAUGUCACCCUUCGCCAACCAGCCGCAUGUGGAGGUGCUGUCACAUUAGAGGGCCGGUUUGAAAUAAUAUCUUUAUCCGGUUCAUUCUCACCAUCAGACAGUAAUGGAAACAGCAGAACAUGUGGGUUGAGUGUGUCACUGGCUGGGGCAGAUGGUAAGGUUGUAGGUGGUGGAAUUGCAGGAAUGCUUACAGCAGCUGGACCAGUACAGGUAAUUGUUGGUAGCUUCAUUGCUGAUGGCAAAAAGAGAAAGUAUAAGCGGUCUUCCUCUUCCACGCCGCCAUCAUCAAAUAUAGUGGGUGCACCCCAAGUCAUGGCAGGAUCUAGCCCCCCUUCAGAGGAUGACGGCUCAAGCGAGUCUUCUGAGGAAAAUGGCGGUAGCCCUCUUAAUCAUCAUCAGCAGCAGGAGCAGCAGCAUCAUGGUCCUCCCCCAGCAUAUGGUAAUAAUGUAACCCAACCGAUCCAAAGUUUGCCAAUGUAUGGAAAUAUGGGCUGGCCCAACUCUACUAUGUAAACUGCGGUGGCGUAGUUUACUUGUUGGUUCUCCCUCAAGUGAGAGUUACUUUUGAGGUUGCAGAAAUGGCUAACGUGAAGUAGACUGGGUGGCCUCUCUAUCUCAAUGUUUUGUUGUUGAGCGUUCGGCUUCUUGGCUCUGAAAAGUAUGUCCUGUUUUCCAUUAGCGCACAGUGAAUGGUAUUUUUGUUUGUUUGAUGUUCUUAGUUGAUUGGUAAAAUGAGUAGGUUUAUUUAUUUAUUUAUAAGGAUGAGGAUUCGGAGACCAUGAUGCUAUGCUUAUUUAGCAAGUAUUAGUUGUCUGUCUGACUAUACUCUAUCUAGGAUCUUCAAUUACUUUAGCGCAGAACCAUAGAUUACAUUCACAUAAAAAAUCAGAGCACAAUGAGUUACGUUGGUGUCUCCUGAUUUGGUGCUAUACUAGCUUCUGUUAAUAUUACUGCAUUCCUUGCCAGAAGUUUC